AUUUUUCUUUUUCGUUUUUUUCUUAGGCAAAAGGCGCUCGCUCCCCUGUGUGUGCUCGCCGUCGCCAAAACAGUUCCACCGCCGACGGCCCGGAAACGGCAGAUCGUCCGCCCGUCUCCGCCGUCCUCCGCCCGAGUCCUCCGUCGGGAAGCGCCCCUUCCCUCUCCCUCUCUCGCCGUCGACGCCUUCUGCGUGGAUUGUGGAGUUCUCUUACAGGAGCAUAAUAAGACAUGGGCAAAGCUUCAAGGGACAAAAGGGAUAUCUACUAUCGGAAAGCAAAAGAAGAAGGUUGGCGUGCUCGAAGUGCUUUUAAACUUCUUCAAAUAGACGAGGAGUUCAAUAUAUUUGAGGGAGUGAAACGUGUGGUAGAUUUAUGUGCUGCCCCUGGUAGUUGGAGUCAGGUUUUAAGUCGUAAAUUAUAUCUUCCCGCAAAGCUUUCACCUGAUUCUAGGGAAGGCGAUCUUCCUCUUAUAGUCGCAAUUGAUCUACAGCCUAUGGCUCCAAUUGAGGGAGUCAUCCAAGUACAGGGUGAUAUAACAAAUGCCCGAACAGCUGAAGUGGUAAUCAGACAUUUUGACGGUUGCAAGGCUGACUUGGUGGUCUGCGACGGAGCUCCUGAUGUAACUGGUCUUCAUGACAUGGAUGAGUUUGUUCAGUCUCAACUGAUUUUAGCAGGACUAACUAUUGUUACUCAUGUACUAAAAGAAGGUGGAAACUUUAUCGCAAAAAUAUUUCGUGGGAAAGACACGAGUCUUCUUUAUAGCCAGCUGAAGUUAUUCUUCCCUAUUGUGACAUUUGCAAAGCCAAAAAGCAGUCGAAAUUCCAGCAUAGAGGCAUUUGCUGUUUGUGAGAACUAUUCUCCCCCUGAAGGAUUUAAUCCGAAGGACUUGCACCACCUUUUAGAAAAGAUUGGGAGUCCAUCUGGAGUUGAUGACCUAGAUUGCAGUAGUGGAUGGUUGGAGGGACCGAACAAGGUGUACAUUCCAUUUUUAGCCUGUGGUGACCUCAGUGGCUAUGACUCCGACCGGUCAUACCCGCUCCCUAAAGCGCCCGACGGGACUUAUAAGAGCCUCGAUCCUGUGCAACCCCCAAUCGCCCCGCCUUACAAGAGAGCUCUGGAGUUGAAGAAAGCCUCUUGUCAUGGAGUUCAAGAACUCGAAAAGCUAUCCUUGGAUUCCUGAUUCUUGCCAUUUAAUGUCACCUUAAUUUCACAAAGACCGAGAAGUUGAUGUGUACGUCUGUCAACAAGUUAUCUAAUGUCGAGAGAAAGCUGUUACCGAGAGGGACACUUGGUCACGCUUUAGAAUUGUAAGUGGUCCUUAGCAAUACUUUUCUUUGAAUAUACGUCCGGAAAAAGAACGAUCCUAAUGGCUAAGUGGGCCGAUCGAGAAAGAAUCAGAAUCUCUUGCUCUUUGUUUCGACUUCUAUUGGAGGUGCAAUAUCACUAUGCUGCGAGAUUCAUAUGCGAUAAUUCGACAUAUUUGGAAGAGAGACCUGAUAUAUUGAGUUCGCCUCGGCCAACUCAUGAACAGGAGGUGGUUUAUUACAUGAAUUUGACGUGCUUAGAUCGAAUUUUCUCGCACGCUUUGUAUCA